AUGGCUGAAAUCCGCCGAAAGCUCGUCAUCGUCGGCGACGGUGCCUGUGGUAAAACCUGCCUGUUGAUCGUCUUCUCCAAGGGCACAUUCCCCGAGGUCUACGUCCCCACCGUUUUCGAGAACUAUGUCGCCGAUGUCGAGGUCGAUGGCAAGCAUGUUGAGCUGGCCUUGUGGGAUACUGCUGGACAAGAAGAUUACGACCGACUCCGCCCCCUUUCUUACCCAGACACCCACGUUGUUCUGAUCUGCUUCGCUAUUGACUCGCCUGAUUCUCUGGAAAACGUUGAAGAAAAGUGGAUUCCCGAAGUCCUUCACUUCUGCCAGGGACUUCCUAUCAUCUUGGUUGGCUGCAAGAAGGACCUGCGAUACGACAAUAAGACGAUUGGCGAGCUGCGGGCGAUUGAUCAGAAGCCUGUCACCCCCGAGGAGGGCGAGGAGAAGCGCAAGUCUAUUGGAGCCUACAAAUACCUUGAAUGCUCAGCCAAGACAAACGAGGGUGUCCGCGAGGUGUUUGAGCACGCUACCCGUGCCGCUCUCCUGUCUCGCACCAGCCGCAAGAGGGACAAGAAGUGUCUUGUUCUAUAA